AUGAAUAUGAAUAAGCAAAUAGAAAUAGGACAUAUGAAGAAGCAGUGUGUGGUGUUGUUGUUUGUGUUGUGUUUGGCAAUACUUGAGGAAACAAAGGCUGUAGAGCUUGAAAAAUGGCAUAUCCACGUUGUGAAUGGGCUAAGCAAUGGUCAAAUCUUGUUGGCUCAUUGCAAAUCCAAAGACAAUGAUUUAGGAGAACGUAGGCUUAUUGCUGGAACUGAAUUCAAUUGGAGAUUUAGAGUAAAUUUUUGGAAUACGACGUUGUUUUGGUGUUACUUGCAAAAGCCAAAUGGACAACAUUCAUCAUUUGAAUCGUUUUGGAUUGAGAGCAGAUCAGUUUGGCUAUAUACAAUGUGCUUUGAGAAAAAUUGUAUUUGGACUGCUAAAGAUGAUGGAAUUUAUUUGAAGGACAAUUUCGAUACUCACAAAGAUAUUUUGAUUCAUAAGUGGGAAUAA